AAAGCAGCCUCGUGAAGGUCUUACAGUCUCACAGUGGAAACGCAGAGGCAGUUAUGUUGAAAGUUCAUCGCUCAUUCUGCAAAUGGAAUCGCAGUGGUCAGACACCCAAUUAGCAUAUAUAAUAAAGGAAAAAGGAGCCCGCAAAGUGAAAGGUUCAUCACCGAUUGCGCAGAUGGAAUUACAAAGGCCAGACAGCAAUGGAAUAACUUGGCUUGUACCUGAGAUGAAAGAGGAUCGAACAGAACACGAGCUGGAGAUAAGAUAUUCUAGAACAAUCACUGCAAAUGAAAAUCAAAAGGGUUUUGUUCGAGGGUAUGUUUUCUUCUCAUGGCCUAGUGAAUCUAAUACUGAAAUAUAUUGCGAUUCCGAUUGGAAAUAUGUCUUCUCAUCAUCAAGUGAACCAUCUGAAGUAACAAUUGUGUUCGAGCAAAGCCAUGGAGUCCAAGGAAGAGGGAGAGCAUUCAAGUUAAAGUCAAACAAUAAUAGAGAAAGUGAACAUACUGAUGAGGAAGAUAUGCCUCUAGCUCCAAGAGAAGUAAUGGGGGACAUUCAAAUGCGAGUGGUGAGAUUCUCAAAAGGGAUGGAAUUUUCAUCGUCAGGUUUGAAGCACAAGUUAACAGAGCAUGAACAUGGGCCCAACAAAGAUUUGAACUUGAUUACAGCAGCAUAUGUUUCCAUGGAUUCCAACGUUGCCACUUCAAACAAAGAUUUCAUUAUAACUGAUAGUGCUAUUUAUAAGCAACGCACUCCUUUAGGGAAUACAGUCUUGCAUAUAGCAGCUGCCUAUGGAAAUAAUGCAAUGGUAGAGAAGGUGGCUCAACAAGCUCCCUAUCUUUUUACAGUCACCAACAACAACUAUGAUACUGUAUUACAUGUUGCUGCAAGAAAAGGCCAUGGGUCAACCAUUCAAUUCCUCUUGAAUACUUGGUUGGCUUUUUUAAGACGUGAAACAGAUGGUUAUCAGCAAGAUCAAUCCACUUUGCAAAUGAUGCUCUUGGUAUCUCUUUCUUUGUUACGAAACAAACAAGGAAACACAUUUUUUCAUGAGGCAUUUAUGGUCAAUGCCCAUAAUGGGGCUAGGAUUUUUCACGCCUUUGAAGCCCCUUUCAUUAAGGAUAGUUCAGAGCUUGAGACUGAGUUCAAGAGAAUUGUUAAUCAACUAGCAGCAUUUACAAUCAAUAGUGAAGGAAAAUCAUUACUGUAUGUGGCCAUUGAGGUUGGAUGUAAGCAAGUUGUUGAUCAACUAUUGGAUAUCUGCAUCCAAUUUGACUUGAAGCCUCAAGGAAAAUCUCCCUUUGUUCCAGCACUUAUCAAGAAAAAUAUGGAUAUGUUCCAUGCCAUUUUGAGCAAGAAACCAAAGUGGAUACACUUGAGAAAUGAAGAAGGGAAGCUUCCUCUUCAUCAGGCAGCUUCUACGGGGUACUAUAAAGGUGUUUCCUACUUGGUAAAGAAAUGUUCUUCAUGCAUCAUGGAAAGGGACAAUAAUGGCUUCUUUCCUAUUCAUUUGGCAUGUAGUAAAGGUCACUUAAAAGUAGUUAAAGAGCUACUAAAAUACUACCCAGAUCCCACAGAGAUGCUAGACAAAAAUGGCCAAAAUUUGCUCCAUAUUACUGCUAAAAGUGGAAAAUAUGAGGUAGUUAGGUACAUCCUCCAACAUCCUAAGCUUGAGGUUAUGAUAAACCAGAAGGAUAAUAAUGGGAAUACUCCUUUACAUUUGGCCACCCUUCACUGGCACCCUAAAAUUGUGCAUUGGUUGACUUGGGACAAUAGAGUCAAUCUUGCUAUACUUAACCAAGAAAACCAAACAGCUCAAGAUAUUGCUGACUUAAGGCAUGACAAAAAUCCAUCCCUUGCACAACGACUUACAUGGAGUGCAUUGCAAUCUGCUGGUACACCUCGAAGUUCUUUUAGGUUCCUUUCAAAUGACACAAAAGUUGGUGAAGAACAAGAAUCUCCUAGCACCGAACAAUAUAAAGACAGAAUUGACACUUUGAUAUUGGUUUCAACCCUUAUAAUAACAGCAUCCUUUGCUACUGGGUUUGCUAUGCCGGGUGACGUGGAUCAAGGAACAGCUGUUAUGCUGAAUCAUGUCAUGUUCCAUUUGUUCAUUCUCUCCCUCACCAUCUCUGUAUUUGGGGCUAUUAUUACAACUAUAAUUCUCAUGUGGGCUCGUUUAGAUGAUCUCCAUUUGAUGCUUUUUGCUUUGAACUGUGCAAUGCCAGUCCUAGGUGUUUCUUUGACAACACUAUCUCUGGCUUUUUUGGCAGGUGUAUACCUUGUAGUAAGCAAACUUAGCUGGUUGGCCACUACCUUCUUGGUGUUGAGUGUGGUUUUGAUCUUCAUGAUUGUGUUCUUGUAUACCCUCUUUUGGCUACCAUCCUCUUCAACCAUACCAUUCAUCAGAUAUAUUUCCUAUUAUCCCUUUCUUCUCCUUGCAAAUAUAGCUGAAGUGAAAAGCAAUGCCAACCACAAAGGUCCUAGUAUUUAACUUCUAGCACCCUCUAAUCCAGAUGAAGGAUAUGUGAUUAUCUAUAGAAAAUGAAGAAUCACGCGUGUUAAGGAUCAAAUAAUAUUUACUUGUCUAAUGUCCUUUUAUAUAUUAUGUUAUACUUAUUCAUCAGUAUUAUUGUGUCAUACUAGGACUUGUUGUACAUGAUAGUUGGCUGAGUAUGUAUGGUUGUAAUAAAUAAUUAAUCUUGUGUAUGUCUUAUGUAUAGGGAUUAGUUAGUAGUAAGGUUGUGAUCUUUGAUUGUUAUAUAAGGGUUGUGUAUUUUAACAA